UGAAUGUUUGAGGAAGUUUUUGCAGUGAUUGGAAAGCGGACAAGACACGGAGCUUUGACUACAAGGCGACGUCAUUUUGGCAUUUUCUUUUACCGGCACAUCUUCAUGCAGGAGAGAAUAAUAACUUUAAAAACUCAACACCACCUGGAUCCUUAGAUGAAGGCAAUGACUUCCCAAGGUCCCUGACAAAUGAGGCUGUAAAAUGACUGCACUAAGUCUGCCGGGCUGAGCAGACUGACCUCCCGCAGCUGUGUCCAGUGCUGUGGCUCCCUCUGCUGUGCGACUAAGGAAGGCCGGGAGAAGCAGGCAGUAUGGACAGUAUGGAGGAAGGGAUGAAUGCUGUCAUCGUCAAACACUACAACCACACAGGGAAGUGGGAUCCGUUUCGCAGCAUCGCGGCCUGUAAGAUGGCCGUGCUGCUCUUCAUCUGCGUGCUGAUCGUCCUGGAGAACGUCAUGGUCCUGCUUGCUCUCUGGAAGAACAAGCGCUUCCACAGCCGCAUGUACUUCCUCAUUGGAAACCUGGCCCUGUCAGACCUGCUGGCUGGUGUGGCCUAUGCAGUGAACAUCUUUACCUCGGGAAAGAACACCUACUUCCUGACGCCGGUGCAGUGGCUGGCCAGAGAAGGGAGCAUGUUUGUGGCCCUCAGCGCCUCAACCUUCAGCCUUCUGGCCAUUGGGAUCGAGAGGCACAUGACUAUGGUGCGCCUGCGUCCCUGUGAGACGGCAGGCCGAGGGAGGCUCCUGGGACUGCUGGCCGCCUGCUGGCUUGUGUCAGUGCUGCUCAGUGCUCUGCCCAGCCUGGGGUGGAACUGCCUGGACAAUGUGACCUCCUGCUCCACGGUGCUGCCGCUCUACGCUAAGAGUUACGUGGCCUUCUGCAUCAGUGUCUUCAGUGCUCUGUUGGUGGCCAUCAUCAUCCUCUACAUCAGGAUCUACCGCCUGGUGACCUCCAGCGGUCGCAGGGUGAGCAGUCGGCCUUCGGAACGCUCACUGGCCCUGCUACGGACGGUGGUUAUAGUUCUUGGAGUGUUUGUCAUGUGCUGGGCGCCGCUCUUCCUCCUGCUGCUGCUGGAUGUGGGUUGCAGCCCAUUUAAGUGCCCUGUGCUCUACAAGGUGGACUGGUUCAUCGCUCUGGCUGUGCUCAACUCUGCCCUCAAUCCUCUGAUAUACACUCUGUCCAGCAGGGAGAUGAGAUCAGCCUUCUUCCGGCUGCUGUGCUGCUGUCAGAGCAGUUUGGAGUCCACUGGCUCGCCUGUUGUGGGCAACCUCCACCUGGGCACGGUCAUCCCCACAGCAGAGAACAGCAAGACCAGUCUGGGUGGAGGAGGGGGCAGUGGUACUGGCAAGUCCACACUGACCAGAGGCAAAGCUGCCACGCCUAUGAACUCUGACACCAAGAAUGGGGACCCCUCUGCCACUGCUGUGCCGCACCACUCCGGGCCCACAGACCUGCUCUCAGCCGUGUUGGUGAAGGCACGGCCGCCCCUUAGCAAGUUCUGAGUGGAAGCACUUUAACGAGGCCUUAAACGUCAAAAAUAUGUAGAUAUAGAACUGACACAAUCCUGCUAUCAGCCACUUUUUGUAUAUGCACUAUGACCAGGGUAGCAUGGAUGUGAAUAGCAUAAAUAUUAAAUUUGGACCGGAUAAUUCCAGAUUGUAGACUAUGGUACAAUCCAAAUCGUUAUAGCCACUAUUUACAAUACUUCAACAUUAUUGCUCACAUUACCAGAGUGACUGAAACCUUGAAAUAGUUUUGCACAGUGAACAAAUUGAACAUUUCAAAACUAUGAAAAGUAAGAUGACAGUUUCUUGGACCUGGAUUAAACCAAGCCCCAAAUGAAAUGCUGUGAUACUUUAGUGAUAUUUGUGGGCGUUGCCGGGCCUGUGAAGUCAGGGCUGUAGCCAAAGGAUUUGUUUCCUUUGGCUCUGAAUAUUUCUCCAGCUCCAGCCGUUUAUCGUUAUGUAACUGAACGUCAGUUAAACAACAUGUCAGUGUUGUACUAACAUGUAAAAUGUAGAGGCAGGACCAAUCAAAGAGAGUUCACAGGAUAAUACUCAAGACUUGUUGACUGACAGGUCUCUGUCAAUAAUUUAAUUGAUGGGAUUACUUUGCCAAAUGCUAGCUCACACAGUGAACUUGGGUAAAUAAUGGAUAUACAUAGAUUCUUUUACCAGGUAGAGGGGUUGAAAAUGUAGAACAAACAUCCAUUGAUGCUGAGCCAUAAAAACAAGGAAGUUAAAUGGCUGUAUGAGUUCA